CAGGUUGCAUGCGACUCGUGAUAUCGGGAAUCUGACAUAGUGACAUCCCUUGUUGCAUCGUAGAAACGAGAUAGAGUGACAACCAAGAUUUCGCAGGAUAGGAUAGGACGUUGUCUGGUAGAGCUCAAACUUUUGUCUUCUGAGUGGGAAUCGGUAUAGAUGUCGAGACGGGUGAGCUAUUUUGGUGCGAUUGAUUGGGCAUGUUUGUACUCUAUGUGAGAUGAUAUGCUGCCGUGAUCAGCAAUGGGAUUCAUCAUUCAGUAAGGUCAAGAUCGGAACAUUAUAGAUUCGGUGUGAGGGAUUUUAGGAUUCGAAGAGGCCUUAGCGCCUCAAUCUGAGGAAUUAGGACCACCGAAUAUAUACGAUCCGUAUCUUGAACAAAGGCACACAAUAGGUCGAUGAAGGGAAAGUUUGGAAUAGCACAACGAGUACGAAUGUGAUAGGAGUGUUUCUAAGGAGACUGAUACACGGAACGAAAAAAAAUCAUUGCAUGGAAUGGUGACUGAAGGUAUCUGCAUAAAGUGACUCAGAAAUGGAUACAGAUAUGAAUAAACAUUACCAAUGGAUACUUCACUAAAUAUCUUUCAACAGAUUUGUUAAUACGCGAUACCCACCACUCUCCAAAAUGAGGGUAAGCUACAUACACACGCCAACGUGAGGGGUUGAGCCUGGCGAAGAGGAGGUUAUGUAUGGACUAGGAGGACUGCUGAAAUGGCCUGAUAUGAUGGAGCUAUAGUUUAAUUCUCCUCCCUUGGAGUGUACAUACAGACGGAUUAAACUUUUCACUUUGAAAGGAUAUUUUGUACAGAGUUGCAAACUUUCUAACUAAUGUAUUUCGCGGAGGCUAAUGAAACGUUAGGAACCCAUCAUGAUAUCUAAUAACUAUCGCCGCGGAUUUUAUAGACAGUGGAUUAUCACACUUCUUCUGGCUUCGGCUUGGAGUUCUGGAUAUAAUAUCGCCAAUGGUCUUGCUGCAACAGGGGAGCCCCAGCCUGUGUUUCCACCAUUCAGUGGAGGAACCUUUGCACCCAUAAAACAAAGUCAAGGUGAUCUUCAGGACCCUAUCCAGCCAUCUAGUGCCAUAUCAGGACCGCCUGUCGUUGGACUGCCGGUCUUCGUUCAAGAACCUGAAGAUAGUUACUACAUUGUGAAAAAUAAGCCUGUGACUGUGAUAUGUAAGGCGGCACCCGCCAUUCAGAUAAACUUUAAGUGUGCAUCGCAAUGGAUGCGGCCGGAGCACGUCGUGACGAUGGAAGUUGUGGACCCUCAAACCAACAUGAAAUACCUCCAAGCAAGUGUCGAUAUUUCACGGCCGGAUGUGGAGGAAUAUUUUGGUCUGGAGGGUUACUGGUGUGAGUGCACGGCAUGGAACAACGCGCUUGGGGAAAACAACACGCCGGAGCCAACAUCAGUGAAAAGUGGACGAGGUUACAUCCACGUUGCAUAUUUGCGUAAGCGUUUCAACCGAGAGCCCAUCAGCACUGGGGUUGAAAUAGAACAGCAGGUCCAGCUCCAGUGUCUCCCCCCAGAUGGUCAGCCAGUGCCUGAGGUUUUCUGGUUGAAAGAUGGUAGAGUUAUCAACACAAAGACCCAGAAUAAUUUCAUCAUCUCAAAUGAGGGCAACCUCAUCCUUACCCAGGCUCGCCUCUCAGACAUGGGCAACUACACAUGUGGGGCGCAAAAUGUGGCCAGCAAACGACUUUCAGAACCUGCGAGGCUGACAGUUUAUGUAAAUGGAGCCUGGUCAACAUGGAGCCAGUGGUCUACGUGCAACAGCAAGUGCGGCCGUGGAAUGCAGAGGAGGUCAAGGACAUGUACCCAUCCUGCUCCACUGCAUGGUGGUGCGCCAUGUGCCGGGGAGGACUUCAGUAAGGUCCCCUGCACCAGUGUCUGCCCAGCUAUGCCCGGAGAACAAGUAAGUGGAGCCUGGUCCCCUUGGUCCUCCUGGUCAACCUGCAGCAUGGAAUGCAAGCAUCAUCGGCGGAGAAUGUGCGACAACCCGGCACCGCAGCAUGGCGGCCAUUAUUGUUUCGGCGUAGAUUUGGACACGUUAAACUGCACUGGUGGAAUGUGUCGAGAUGACAUGGAAAUUUCAAGAGAAGUUGCCAGUUCCAUCUGGGGUAAAGAGAACAUCGCGCUGUAUGUCGGCCUGUUUGUUUGUCUGGCAGUCUUCAUCACAGUCCUCAUCAUCAUCGUAUUCUUGGUUAGGAGGAAACAUUCAUCAGGUGUCUACGAUGACCGUUACAUGAACGGGUCAGGUAGGUCGAGAAAUAUCAACCUAUCUCGAGGAGACGAGAAGAAGCUCACAAAAGGACAGCAAGAGUUGAUCUCCACCCAGCCUGACUUGACCCAGACAGUCGUGACCAUCCCGAACCACAAUGCCCUAGACACGCCCAACAACAAUCACAUCGGAUCGAUGGAAAAGCUACCAAUGUUGCCAGCAGUAAACACUGUCUGUGUACCACCGCUCCAGAAUAAAAACCAUGUCAAAUCACUUCUCCUGGAUUCGCCCAAUGAACAAAUGCACUACAAUUCGUUACCUAGAAAAGAGUCCAAACAUUCAUUGAAGUCUUCAACCACUGGUUCUCGGCCACAGUCAGUGUACGAGUCAGAUGUGAACGCAACAAAUCGCCUGUCUAUCAUAUCAGCAAAUGUCCCGAGUAAUAUUGAUAUUGAGUGUAUUACAUGGGCUAAUGUCACAAGUGCUGGAGCCAGGCUGGUGCUGCCCGAUUCUGGUGUCAGCCUCGUGAUUCCUGAGAAUGCUCUCCCCAAGGGCCGAAGUGAGGAAGUGUUCUUGGCCGUCUCCCGAGAUGACAAAGACCGGCCCAAGUGUACAGACCACCAAACUGUGCUGAGCCCUGUCAUCCUAAUGGGACCGCAGGGCCUUCCCCUAAAGAAACCCGCCAUCAUAACUUUCCCACAUUGUGCUAGUCUUAAACAGAGUGAUUGGUUGCUGACUGUCUAUAACAGCGAGACGCCGUAUGAUGAGCCACCGAUUUGGCAGCCGAUGGUAACUCUUGGCCAAGAGACGAUCAACACGCCUGGCUACUGCCAGCUUGACCAAGGACAAUGCCAUUACGUCACAGACUACCUGACCCGAUAUACGUUAAUCGGUGAAUCGUCCCCUGGUGGAAAAGGCGUGAAGAUUCUGCGGUUAGCUGCGUUUGCGCCCCCUGUCCCUUCAUCCAUAGAUUACAGUAUAAGGGUUUAUGUGAUUGAGGACACGCCAGAUGCUCUGCAGAGUGUUGUUGUAGUCGAAAACAAACUAGGUGGGAAGCUACUAGAGAAGCCGAAACAGGUUCAUUUCCAAGAUGGUGGUUUCAAUCUUUGUCUUACGAUAGAGGAACUCUUCCCUGGAUGGAGGAGCAGAAUUGCUGCCAACUAUCAGGAAAUCCCGUUCCGGCAUAUCUGGAGUGGAAACCAGAACAAUUUGCACUGUUCAUUCUCACUGGAACACGUGGAGCGAAACCAACAGAAACUUGGUUGCCUGAUCCAGGUUUAUCAGAAGGGAAUACUCACCAAUCGCCAGGUGCUAAAUAUCAACUGCAAUCUCAAAGAGAUCCAUCUCAUCAGCAACAGUACAUUGAUCAAGCCAGUCCAUCAUCAGAGGUCAUCCACAGUCACAACAUUAACCAAAAGCUCAGGGGGGUCCAGGGUGGCAUUAGAUUCACCUAAGCCAGCGUUCAGGAUUCCAUGCUCCGUCAAGGCCAAGCUGGGUGCAUUUUUGGAUCCCCCGAAUAUGAGAGGUACUGAUUGGAGAAUGUUAGCCCACCAGUUAGGCGUAGAUAGAUACAUCAACUUCUUUGCCACGAAAUCCAGUCCAACCGAAUGCAUCCUCGAUUUGUGGGAAGCCAGACAUCGUGACGAUUGUGCGUUAAUGGAACUAAUGAACUAUCUGAGAAUUAUGGGACGCGUAGACUGUGUUGCUAUUAUCGAAAAAGAUAUGGGCUCGUGGUUAUAGAACUUAGUAAAGUGGCACCUGGACAAUAAGGGGUGCUGCCGAGUCUGAAGCCAGUGAUGCAAUUGUUUACGGUGUGUCAAUUGGUUGUUUUUUAUGGAUUCUCAAUAACCAAGUUGACAUAUCUUGGUGGUGCUCAGUUUCAAGGCUAAACAGCCAAGACUAGAAAUUGCAACAACUUGGAAUAAUAAGUGCAGGAUGGGGAGUUCGUUUUAAGGAACAUUGUUAAUGACCUGUAACAUCGGAUUUCACUACAAUGCACGCAAGUUGAGCAAAUAUUCAGUGACUAUGGAAAGAAUUCUGUAUUGAGCGGGAUUUUCUGAAACCCAAAUAUAAUCCAUGUCAAGGUCGACGAUUAAGACUAUAGGAGUUCCAGUACAAAUUUUUACAAUUUGGACAAAUUGUAGAUGUUGAUAUCGCAAUAUUCUGAGGAUUUUCUGAAGCGCGAUGUUUUCAGCAUUUGUGAAUAUCAUUGGGUUGAGUAGAUUUUCUUGAGAUUUCGGUCAUGGUGUUCUACUUUUAAUGGUAAAGCUGAAUUUGGAAGGAGACAAUCAGUUUUUGCCCAAUAUGUGGGUAGAAAAUACAGGAACAAAAAUAGGUUUUCCAGGAACAUAUACCAGUUAUUGCUCUGUAACUAUUGAUGCAAUCAAGACACAGUACUUAAAACAAGAACAAGUAGCAUAUUGCCAAAUGAAAUGUUCCACUUCUAAUGCUGGACAGUUUUAAAGAUUGGUAAAGAGUAAGUCAUUUAAUGAUACGGAAUGACCGACUGUAUUUGAUAAAUUGCUGCCGUGUGUUAUUUGCCGUAAAGGUUUUAUGAGUAUAUACAGGGUGCAUAAUGAUCAACUGCCGACGUGACAAGCUGGGUGUUGUGGUUUUGUUGUCCUAAAGAGUAAUUCAAUGGCUUGUUCACUGUUCAAACUUUGGCAGACUCGCACUUCUCCUGAGAUUAUCUCCAUGCUGAACAGAUCUUAGAGCUUGGACAUUUUCUAAGUUUGCAGUAUUUGUCAAAAAUAAACAUAUGUCGUAUCUGCUGACCUUUGAAAGACUAGACACAUUAACAAACUGUCUGAGAUUUACAAACUAUACUUCCUUCAUCACUUUAUCCUACUUUGUUGGUGGCAAAGUGAAGUUAUACUUGCUCAAUGCUGUCCGUGCACAUCUUGACCCUCCAAGGUUUCUCUACAGGGAAAAUUAUGAGAUGAUACAACACAAUGAGAGUCAAGAUUUCCAUGUAAGGAGCCAAAUUCAAUUCUUCACUUAAGGGUGUUCAAUGGUUAUUGACUUAUUAGUUAUAUAUAUUUCCAAUCCAGAUGAAGCGUUAUGAUAUACUGAUAUAUGACUGUUGUGUGUAUAGGCAUAAUCGUUGGAGGGCGGGCAGGGUCGAAAUUGGACAACAUUUUCAUGGACACAUUUCACAGAUUUGCUGUCCGCCGUAAGUUAGGAGUUAUGUGUUGAAUUGGUAAAUUUUGCACUUGGUUGGGGUAAGUUAUUAUUGCAUUCAAAUGCUAGCAAAUUUCUUACAGAUGUUAGUGAUGCGAGACUUUAAAUGUUCCAUCCUGGACUGAAUAACGUUUUUGACGGUUUGGAAAGUGAAUGAAAAUUACUCCUGGCUUCCUUGAGACACCCUAUAUUAUGUAUGAGAGAAGUGGGAUAAUUACAAUGUGGAAAACUCACAAGCUAUUUAUAUAAUGAAAUUAUAAAUAAGAAUACAGAAUAAGAAUUCUUAAUGAGAAGGGAUUGUUGCCAUUUUGGCUGCAAAGGCAAAGAAAUAUUAACCCUUUCAUACUAGAGUCAGAUUAACCCUUUCAUACUGGAGUCAGGAAAACAAUAUUUUGGGUAUACAUUUACAAUUCCUGGAACGGUUAGAUGUAUCGAUAAGUAUAGUUAACUGGCACCCGUGAUGAUCAUAUGUAGUGUGAAAGGGUUAAUUUUUCUACUGUCAUUUUUGAGUAUGUUUACUGGAACAUAUUCAGCCUUGUUGAAAGAAGUAGUGGUAACUGCCGGGUGGAUGUUCACCAGGACAUCUUCAUGAUUUGAAUUUUUUCGGUCACCCUGUAAAAAUCUUGGUAAGGCCUUUCUUUCAUCAAGAUACGUUCAAAAGGUGCAAGGGUCAGAAAGGCAUGGUGUUUCCUAAUGAUAGAGGAAAUAAGGAGAAAAUAUUCUGAUGCCUAUGACAUGUCCUCAUCAUUUCAUGUCAAAUUUUAUAAGUUAUUCAACAUCACAUCUUUGAACAAGGCUGGUAUUAUGAUAUUUCUGGUCAACAUGAAAUUGUGUACAGUUUGGUAUAAGCUUAAUGUGCUGUAUAGUUGCGACGGUUCGUUGGUCCUUGUGGAGUAUGUGGAUCAAGCGUCUCUGAGUGUACAUUUAUGGGAUGUCAUUUUAGUGUCACGCACGCACCCUUCCUUUGUGUCAGAUAGCCCUUUAUUAUUUAAGGCGACUUUUUACCCUCAUUCAUGCUGUAAUGUGCAUAAAAAAGUUUCUCAUAAAAACAAGAGCUGAUGGUUUGAAGAAGUGUUUGUGGCAGACAGCCCCUAAUUGUUUAGCCCAUUUAAGUCUACUGAUACUUCAUUGGUCUGUGCAGCGCAUUUUCACUGGCAUAAGAUUUUUAUGAGCAAGACACCAUCAUAGCUACUAUUUGCUUGGCCUCUUGAGUGAUAAUCAUAUGCAGCAAAAGCAAAAUCACAAAAUAUGGGCAGAGAUGUUUUUUUGGCUCGCUUAUGUAUUCUUGUAGUAUGGCAAUUACGUACUGCUCCAAAUAUGUUCCAAUUUCUUAUCUCUAUGAGUUAGCUGCGAGCACAUAUGUUGCAUUUGCGCACAACAUGCUGUCGUUAUAUCACCAAUAAAUGCGUACGCAAUCUGCAAAUGAGCAUAUUUUGCAUUGAUUACCAAUAAAUGAUAAUGUAUUACAUAACAUGGUGCUGAAUUUUUUAUACUACAUCUUAGAAGAACUUUACUGUGGCUUUACGACUGUAUUUUUAAAAGCGAUUUGAGGGGGAAAAGAGCUGGUUUUAAUCUAUGUUUGCUGUAUUUUUAGUUAUUGAUGCGAUAUGCCAUAAUUAUUUGGUUUUUAUGUAAAAAAAGAAAUCACAAAGUUAUUACAAAGAAUGUGUCUUAUGCUCCAAAAUGAACUAUUAACAGGCGUUUUAUUGGUAAACUAUAUUCUAGAGGGAAAAGAGAAAUUUAUUCAGGUGAAGGCGUUAAGACAAAAAUGACUUCUAGUUUUAAGUAUUUUAUUGAGUUUGGCAUUAGAAAGGCCAUGUAAGGACAAAUGUUGAGUUUUUUCAACACAACUGAAAAUAGGAAUGCUUUUUGACACUUCUUUUGUAUCGAUAUAUUGGUCUACAAGUUUCAUUGACUGAAUGCUAAAUUGAUUUUGAGCGGGAUAUUAGGAAAAGUUCAUUUUAAUAUUCUGCGAUUAUUUGUGGCCUUUUGUGUUAUGUUCAUAAAUUAUUUGCGUUGUGUCUGCAUCCUCCCUAGGAGCUGUAUGAUUAUGUGUACAUGUACAUAGUAAUGAUAAUUCUAAUGCACAACACUUUACUGAUACUGAAGAGGACAACACUGCUUUUGUGGCUUUUCCCAGGCAAAAAGAUGGCAGCGCACUUAUAAUGACAUUAGGAAAACAUCUUCAUUGCCGUGGGGCAACUUUCCCUGUCUUAUUCAAGUGCAACCUCCCGUCUGUACGAAAUGGUAGUUUCUACCAGAAUAUAAACCAAGCGUUUAUUAUAGUCAUCUGAACAAAUUAAUAGUCUAAAAUUCUUUUGCCUGGAGAAAAGCAAAAAAAAAAGAGUUUGUGACCAUGUAAAUGAUGUCUGAAUAUUCUGGACUCAUACAUGUAUGAUGUGUACCAUUUGUGUAUUAUUGACAAUUCCAACCAUCCAUUUUGAAAAAGGUACAUUAAAGGCCAUAGAAACAAAUUCAAAACUAUGGUACUACAUGCAUGUACUUAGUAAUUUAUCAAUAUCCCAUUAAACAGCUAAAUGAGACUGCCUAGCCAUAUAGCUCAAGAUCUUCAGUCUGGUCAUUACAUUGACAAGCAAAGUACCCAUCAUGCGGGCAGGUAAAAGUUGGCUAUAAUUUUAAUCUCUAUUCAAGGCCGAGCCCCUUUUUAAUCAUCCUCUGGAUCACAAAUCGGAUAGCAUGCAUUGUCACAUCACCCCCAGAUCAUGAGUUCAGUGUUGCCCAAUCAGUCAGUGUCCACCCUUGUCAAUCAACAGUUGAUGUAGUCAAGUAUAUCAUUCAACACAUGUUAUUUGUACUGUAUAUACAAUAAAAGCUUUUCCUAUUUAAAA